CCGAGGGCUGAGGACGCCGGGAUCCGCCAAUCACUGCACGCAUGUGGUCGGAGUGGGUGGGGCCUGAGAGAUUCGAAAGGAGCCCCGCCCCCUCGGAGCUGAUUCCCGGGACUAAGUUGUGGGAGGAAAGCUCUGUCCGCGGGAGAUGCGGCGGGGCGGGAAGUGAAAACUCGCGUUCAGGUCCAAGCUGAGUCCUGCUCCUGCUGGCUGGAAGAUGGGCGAUUUGCAGGAAGAUGUAAAGUUUAUAGUGGAUGAGACCUUGGACUUUGGAGGGCUGUCACCAUCGGACAGUCGUGAGGAGGAAGACAUACCAGUGUUGGCAACUCCAGAGAAACCCCUUCGCCGGGGCCUCUCCCACCGGGGCGACCUAAAUGCAGUGGCCCCCACCCCCCAGGGUGUGAGGUUCAGCUUAGGCCGCCUCAGCCCAGCGAAGAUGGAGGAGGUCCUCGAUGAGGCCAACAGGCUGGCAGCGCAGCUGGAGCAGUGCGCCCUGCAGGAGCGCGAGAGGGCCGGCGAGAGCCCCGGGCCGCGCAGGGUGAAGCCCAGCCCUCGGAGGGAGACCUUUGUGCUGAAGGACAGUCCUGUCCGAGACCUGCUGCCCACGGUGAGCUCUUCUGCUCGGAGCACCCCCUCUCCAAGCAGCCUGACACCCCGACUCCGGAGCAGCGACAGGAAGGGGUCCGUCAGGGCUCUUCGGGCAACAUCUGGAAAGAAGCCCUCCAGCGUGAAGAGGGAGUCGCCCACUUGCAAUCUGUUCCCCAUAUCCAAAAGCCCAGCAUCUUCUCCUCUUGCCCGAUCAACUCCUCCAACCCGAUCGACUCCUCCAACCCGAUCAACUCCUCCAACCCGAUCAACUCUUCCAACCCGAUCGACUCCUCCAACCCGAUCGACUCCUCCAACCCGAUCGACUCCUCCAACCCGAUCGACUCCUCCAACCCGGGGGAAAGCUGGGCCCAGUGGGAGAGCAACAGCAAGCCCACCAGGCCCCGCCAGACCGGUCUUGGCCCCACAACCUUCUACCAGCAACUGUCAGCGCCUGUCUCGGCCACAGGGAGCAGCUGCUAAACCUUCCAGCCGACUGCCUGUUCCCUCAGCCAUCCCCAAGCCUGUCAGCCGAGUGCCCCUCAGCAGCCGGACUGUACCACCCGGCAAAGGCGCCCUAGCUUCAGAUUCAGUGUCAACUCGGAAAGGACUUCCAAGACCCGGUGCUGCAGGGCACAGAGUUCCUGCUUCCCAGCGACCGCAUCUUCCUGGUGCCGCGCGCAGCCAUCUGCAGCCCCCCAGGAAAGCGGCAGCCCCAGGACCUACCAGGUAAAGAGAUGAGGACAGCAAGCAAGAAUUCAGUAACCAACCACGACAGUCGCUGCCUGGACUCACCUCCUCUCCGGCCUCCCAAGCCCUUCCGGACUCCUGCAGAUUCUGGCUCAGGGGCAAGAGGAAGAGAUGGCACCGGGGCUGCUGCCCCAGGGAGAUGGGGUGGCUUAGGGUUGAGCCGGAGGGGAGUCAAACUCUCCGGAUUGGAAUGUUAGGGAAAAGAGGUCCCCUCCCAGCAGUGAAAUGAACACACAGAUGAGAAAUGCAGGAGAGUGGGUUGUCCUCAUCCACCCCCACUCUGUGUUCAUCCCAGGCCGCGGGUCACUGGGCAUUUACGUGGGAAUGGCCUCUGUAGCUGACCUCCCUGCUCUCCCAGGAGCAGUCCUCCUGAAGCACAGCCCCUCCUGGACUCCGGCCUGUCUGGUGAAGCAGAGGCAGGCACCUGGCCUCCGGAACUUGCUUCCUGUGAAUUGUAACAGGCCAGUUUAUGAUAAGCCGACUCCUUUGGUCUAUACUUUUCUAAAAUAA